AUGUUUCAAGACCCUCAGCCUAACUCGAUGAACCCGACCCCACAGCAACAAUCUGUCGAUCCGCCUGUCUUUGGUUGCAUCAUUCCCUCCAGACCAGUACAGACUAACUCCACACAUCUGCCGCCCAAUCGGUUCGUCUUCCAGUUUGAAGACCCCGGCUCAAUCAACCAUCUCGUCGUCUUCCUGACUGGCAUCGUUCCUCUACCCGAGAACUAUGGGGCCUCGAUUCAUUUCCAGUUUCCCAAUAAGCCGGAUUGGCAACUACUCGGAAUGUUAAGUGGAACGAAGCCGUCCGCAGUAUUCCGACUGAAGGGGACGAUGGUACCAUCACAGCUAGACUGGGCGAGCUCGGCGAUGGCGGGGAUGCCCACGGCGACGGCCACGCUGGGCAUCCUAGUUGGGCCCCUUGCCGAGAUCGAGGCAGAGUGUGGCGUGCUGAAUAACGCCCUUGCGGUCCGGACCCCAUCCGCCCAGUCCCCAGCCAGUCUGCCCCAGCUCGCCAAGGCCAUCGGCCUUAACCUGUUCAGAUACCUCGCCUCGUUCUCGAGUACCACCUUCGACAAUCAGACUUGGAUCCCGAUCUCGGUCCUCGAGAAAUGGUGGAAACAGUUCGAACUCAAGCUCACCAACUCAUCGAACCCUGAGCGAUGGCUACUGGAAUCCGCCUCGGCUGGCUAA